UCCGCCCCCGGAUCGGAAACCAACGGGAGCGGAGUGGGCUGGAGACUGUGCAUCCUGCACCCUCCGCGGGGCUGCAUCCCGGGCCAGCGCCCGUCAGCACCGCCGCCGCCGCCGCCGCCGCCGCAGCAGCAGCAGCAGCAGCACUCGGGGAUCUGGGCCCAGCCGGGCCGCGGGAGGCGGGGGCGCCCGGGCCCUGGAUGUCCCGCAGCGCGGCGGCCAGCGGCAGACCCAGAAGGCCUGAGCAGCAUCUGCCCCCAGCCCCCUGUGGGGCCCCGGGGCCCCCUGAAACCUCCAGGACGGAGUCAGACGGGGCUGGCACAAUGAACAAGUUGAGGCAGAGCCUGCGGCGGCGGAAGCCAGCCUACAUGCCCGAGGCGUCUCGCCCGCACCAGUGGCAGGCGGACGAGGACGCGGUGCGCAAGGGCACCUGCAGCUUCCCCGUGAGGUACCUGGGUCACGUGGAGGUGGAAGAGUCCAGGGGGAUGCACGUGUGUGAGGAUGCUGUGAAGAAGCUGAAGGCUAUGGGCCGGAAGUCCGUGAAGUCCGUCCUGUGGGUGUCUGCCGAUGGGCUCCGUGUGGUGGAUGACAAGACCAAGGACCUGCUGGUGGAUCAGACCAUUGAAAAGGUCUCCUUCUGUGCACCUGACCGCAACCUAGACAAGGCUUUCUCUUACAUCUGCCGGGAUGGGACCACCCGCCGCUGGAUCUGCCACUGUUUCCUGGCACUCAAGGACUCCGGCGAGAGGCUGAGCCACGCCGUGGGCUGUGCGUUUGCUGCCUGCCUGGAGCGGAAACAGCGGCGGGAGAAGGAGUGUGGGGUCACGGCUACCUUCGAUGCCAGCCGCACCAGCUUCGCCCGCGAGGGCUCCUUCCGCCUGUCGGGGGGUGGGCGGCCCACUGACCGAGAAGCCCCGGACAAAAAGAAAGCAGAGGCGGCGGCUGCCCCCACCGCGGCUCCGGGCCCCGCCCAGCCCGGGCGCGUGUCCCCCACACCAGCCACCACGUCCCCCGGGGAGAAGGGCGAGGCGGGCACCCCCGUGGCCGCGGGCACCACGGCGGCGGCCAUCCCCCGGCGCCACGCGCCGCUGGAGCAGCUGGUGCGCCAGGGCUCCUUCCGCGGCUUCCCGGCGCUCAGCCAGAAGAACUCGCCCUUCAAGCGGCAGCUGAGCCUGCGGCUCAACGAGCUGCCGUCCACGCUGCAGCGCCGCACCGACUUCCAGGUGAAGAGCACAGUGCCGGAGAUGGAGCCACCUGGUGCCAGCGACAGCGACAGCAUCAGUGCUCUGUGCACGCAGAUCAGCUCGUCUUUUGCCAGUGCUGGGGCCCCAGCCCCAGGGCCGCCGCCCGCCUCGACCGGGCCGUCUGCCUGGGGCGAGCCCUCCGCGUCGCCGGCAGCCGCCUUCCAGCCUGGGCACAAGCGGACGCCUUCGGAGGCCGAGCGGUGGCUGGAGGAGGUGUCCCAGGUGGCCAAAGUGCAGCAGCAGCAGCAGCAGCAGCAGGUGUCCUCGGUGCCCGCCGUGCCCCCUCCCCUGCAGCCCUUCCCCGCCCCCGUGGGGCCUUUCGAUGCCACACCCGCCCAGGUGGCGCUGUUCCUGCCACCCCCACACAUGCAGCCCCCCUUUGUGCCCGCCUACCCAGGCCUGGGCUACCCGCCCAUGCCCCGCGUGCCCGUGGUGGGCAUCACACCCUCACAGAUGGUGGCCAACGCCUUCUGCUCAGCUGCCCAGCUCCAGCCGCAGCCCACCGCCCUGCUUGGGAAGGCCGGAGCCUUCCCCCCACCUGCUGUGCCCAGUGCCCCCGGGGGCCAGGCCCCCCCACGCCCCAACGCGGCUCCCUGGCCCCCAGAGCCAGCACCCACCCCAGCCCCCGAGUUGGACCCCUUUGAGGCCCAGUGGGCGGCGUUAGAGGGCAAACCCGCUGCAGAGAAGCCUUCCAACCCCUUCUCGGGCGACCUGCAGAAGACCUUCGAGAUUGAACUGUAGCCCCAGCCGCCCUGCCCACCCCAGGCCUCGAGGUGCCCGCACCCAGGAGCGGAGGCCCGCCUCUCCCCUCACCUUGCUCUCUGGGGCUUCGCCCCUCCACAUCCCUCUAACUCCUCCUCUCCACCGCCCCCACAACCACUAUAGAACCGACAUGUGACGCCCAGGUUUCCACAGGAUGGAAUUCAGGGACAGACCCGGCCCGGCUGCAGGCCCACGAGUGCCCUCGUUCAAGCUAGUUCCCAGUUUCUGUUGUUGACCGUCCACCUCCCAUUGUUGGUGGGAUGAGGGAGGGAUGUCCAUUUAGGGGCUCUCCUGGGCCCCACGUGGUUGCCCCCCACACAGCACAAGCCAAGGGCUUCCCUCUGCCCACCCGCUGCGUUCACUGCCAAUGCUGUGCUCACCCGUUGGCCUCCCCCCCUCGGCCCACACCUUCCUUCGGACAAGGUCUCUUGGGGGCAGGGCCACGCUGGGAAGUGAGUUUGGGGGGAGGAGGAGGAGAUGCUCAGUUACCUCACGUUGGUGCCCCCUGGGGAGGGGCCCAGAGGAAGGGGGAGGGGUGCCUGGCGGGUACUUUUCUAUCUUUUAUUUCCAGAUUUUUUUGUAUCUAAACUUGCAGAUUUGUAUUAUACCAGGAUAGCCAAUAAAGGAAGACUAUAACGGUGCCCCUCAGGACAGCUGGGUGUGUGUCUGGGAGGGACGAUGAGGUCGCAGCCUUUCUCCUGAGGCGCCCCCAAAGCAAGAGGGGCUCCCUGCAUGAUACCCCGGGUCAGAGCGUAGCAGCAGGUAGCGGCUGGCCUGGCACAGAGAGGUGAGUAGUAAAGGGUGCCCACCACUGAUCACCCCUUCCUGAUACUUAAGAGUUUGAACCCAGGAAUUAAAGUUCUCAUCUGCUGCUAAUAAGUUCAGUAUUAAAAUCCCUUCUCGUUACCGAGGUUUGGAAUAGUAUGAGCUGGUCCAUUCUUGUUCAUGGGCUGUAUUCUCUGUAACAGACCAAAGUGUCAUUUGAUGUGGCAGCAUGUUGUAAGUCUGUCUUGUUUUGGGGCCCCUUAAUAUAAUCUACCUUAUAUAUUUUUAAAUAUAUUAUAUGUAAAUUAUACUCUUAACUCUU